AUGGCCGACCAAGCUCUACCCCCUUAUCCCGAGUUCUGGGUACGUAAGAUGCGUUCAUUUUUUAUUCUCUUCGACCGCGAUGGUGACGGUAUCAUCCACAAGUCUGACUACGUGGACACCGUUUUAAACAGGGCCAAAAAAUGGAUGAACGAACAGCAGAUUAAGGUCUUCUAUGAACUCCUGGAUGGAGGGUGGGAAACCUUCAUGAAAACCGAAACACCGAAGGACACUCGGACAUUCGAGGAUAUGCUACAUGCGCGUUAUUUCAUGGAUUUUGACGCCAACAUGGAGAAAAACGCCCGCGAUUGGCUUGGGACUUAUUUUGAUGGCGUUGCAGACGCAAAUGGAGACGGACAUGUCACCCUGAAAGAGUAUACCCAUUUUUUAGGCAGUUUUGGCGUUCAUCCUUUUUCCGUGACUCCGUCGUUUCAGGCCAUUGAUAUUGAUGGUAGUGGACUGAUCACCAGGGAUGAAUUCAUUGAAACUGGGACCAAAUUCUUAAGCGUCAUGGUGGACACUUCUGCCAAAUUAUUUUGGGGCCCUUUCACGGCGUGA